GUUGAAGCUAACCGCAGGUUAAUCCUCUCGCUCAGCGUGACUUCGACUGAGCGCUGCAGAGUGGCUCAUUCCGAAGGUCCAGGGCGAUGUACUGAGGAACGCACUAAAGCUUGGGGCAGCUGCCGCCAAGGCUCAGUGGGGAAAAACCACCGUCUAAGGUCUUUCUGCUGAAGUUAAAUGGGGAUCCAUUCAGUUAUCGAACUCUCCCGACGCCUUAAAUAUAUGUAAAUAUAACCUUGUACAAUUUGGUUGCUCGGCUCUAUGAAGCGAAACAAUUUGAAGUAAACAUGGCCAGCGUCGAUGUCAGCGCCGCGUUCAGGAAAGAUGGCUUUGUUAAAAUCGAUGGAUUUCUCACAGAAGAUGAAUGUGACUCCCUGAGAAAGCGGAUAUUAGAGAUUAUUGAUGAGAUGGAGGUCGCCAAAGAGCUUCGCACUGAAUUCAUGACGCAAGCAUCGGAGCAGCUUAAAGCACAGGGAAGCAAAGAUUACUUUUUGACUAGUGGGGACAAAGUUCGAUUCUUUUUUGAAGAAGGAGUGUUUGAUAGCAAAGGUGACUUUCUUGUACCAAAGGAGAAGUCUUUGAAUAAAAUUGGCCAUGCUCUUCAUGCCUUGGAGCCUGUAUUCAAAAAUCUCACCCAUUCACUGAAAGUGCAGGAGAUAGCCCAGAAGUUGGAUCUAAAGGAGCCGGUCAUUGUGCAAAGCAUGUAUAUCUUCAAGCAACCACAAAUUGGUGGUGAAGUGGCCCCUCAUCAGGAUGCUUCAUUUCUAUAUACAGAACCUCUCGGACGUGUUAUAGGGUUUUGGAUUGCACUGGAGGAUGCAACUGAGGAGAAUAGCUGUCUUUGGUUCAUUCCUGGUUCCCACACAGCUGGUAUUACCCGGAGGAUGUUACGUGCCCCUAAAGGAGAAUAUCCUUUGCUCAAAUUUGUUGGAAAGCAACCUGAUUAUCGAGAUGAUCAAUUUAUCCCUGUUCCUGUUAAAAAAGGUGGUCUUAUCCUUAUUCAUGGAGAAGUUGUGCACAAAAGUGCUCGAAACACAUCAAAUAAAUCACGGCAUGUUUAUACCUUCCACCUGAUGGAAUCCCAGGAUAGUCAAUGGAGUGAGGAGAACUGGUUGCAGCCAACUCCAGAACUACCAUUCCCAUUUUUAUACUCUUAACCGCCAUCAUUUUAACCAGAGCCAGUGCAAUACAGAAAUACAUUAUGUGUUCAGGUGUAAUGUAUUCUGCUGUUAGCUGAAAUGAAUAAUACGUUAGAUUGUGAGGACAAUAUAUUUACAAAAUAAAUCUCAUUAUGAUGAACUAUUUUUCAGCGGCAUGCUCAUGGAUUUAAGUAAAUUGUAACCCUCUGCAACUGUCUUUUUGCACCCUUCCUACUCUUACUGUGAUUUGUAUUGACCUCACAUUUACCUAUUCUGGAAUAAAUUUGCAAUUCAUCUAU